CAGCUUUCAGGUUCCCCCGCCGCCGCGCUACCCCUCCUCCUCCUCUCUAGUCGCUCUCAAGCUUUCCUCAUCCCUUCCACAAAGCACGACUAGCAAUAAUGGACUUCUUCACCACCAUCUUCGCCUCCCAGGUCGCUGACCUCGAGCCCGUUUCCGUCCCCGCUGAGGAGGAGACCGGUGGUGGCCGUGGCACUGGUGCUUACUGCACCAUUGCUUGAGCGCCUUCCCUGCGCUCCGGCUAAGUUAAUUAUGUAUUGGAUUUGAAUCGGCAUUUGGUAUAUUGCGAUACCCUGCAUUAUUCUCCCCACAUACUGCAUCAUACACGAACCACACCACCCACACCCCACCCACUCACUCACGACCAUGAACAACGACACAUACAAACCAUUCCAUUUGACAUUAACACCCACUACCACCUACCACUCACUGUCCUUUACCCCCCCACUGGUACCCCAUUCAACCUACUAUGACCAACCAACCAAUAUCACACCAUCGUACCUCGCACACACUCAUUCCUCUUUAUUUCGAGUUUUCGCUUCUGGAAUCACACGCAUUUGCAUUAUGUAUACCACCGCAUUACCAUGAAUUCGUUCUUUGGAGCCAUUUACAUUGGGCAUUUAUUUUGGAGAUUAGUUACACAGUUCGGAUUUGGUUCGGAUUUGAGCUGGCCUGCCAGUGUGUUGCUAUAGUAUGUACUUGUACUGUGUACAGGAGUAGUACAUCGUCUGGAAUCUGGAUUGAUGAUUGAGAUUUAUAA